GAAGGAAAGGAAGGAAGAGGCUUCAUGGCACGCUCCCCCCUUCCCUUCUUCCUCCUCCUUUUCUUCCUCUCUCUUUCUUCUGGAUCCUUCUUGGGACAAAGCAGGUCAAGUUCGGUUUCGGGGGCAAAGAGGUUCCUGGAGAAAUACGGCUAUUUUGAGCCUUCAGCUGAUGGGUCCCAAGCGUUUGCAGAAGCCGUCCGGGCCUUCCAACGGGAAUCCCACUUGGAUCCCAGCGGAGCACUGGACCCCCCUACUCUCCACCAGAUGACCCUUCCCCGAUGCGGCAACAAAGGCAGCCAACAGCACAGAGUGACCCCUUGGAUGAAGCCUGGACCAAAGAGGAGGAGCCGCAGGGGACGGGACCUCCUGCCAAGUGGCAAAUGGCACAAGCGGCAGCUGACCUUCCGUCUGGUCAACUGGCCACGGUACUUGCCCCCGAAUCAGGUCCACUCGGCCGUCCAGGCAGCCUUCCGGCUCUGGAGCAACGUCUCCAGCCUGCUCUUCUGGGAGGCCGAGGGGGAGCCUGCUGACAUCCGCCUGACCUUCUUCCAGGGAGACCACAACGACGGGGCCGACAAUGCCUUUGACGGGCCUGGGGGCGCCCUGGCGCAUGCCUUCUUCCCGCUCCGAGGGGAGGCGCACUUCGACAGCGAGGAGCGCUGGGUGCUGGGUGGUGGGAAAGGACGCAACCUCUUCCUGGUGGUGGCACACGAGAUCGGCCACACGCUGGGCCUGGCGCACUCCCCCGUCCGGGGGGCUCUGAUGUCCCCCUACUACAAGAAGCUAGGCAAGGGCUUCCUUCUUAACUGGGACGACAUCCUGGCCAUCCAGAACUUAUAUGGGAAACCGUCUCGGGGACCAGUGGUCCAGCUUCCAGGAAAACUCUUUGCCCGCUUCCCAGAAAUUGAAGAAGGACAUCAGGAGGAAGACAACCUUAGUGCCCAUUACUGCUGGUCCUUUUUUGAUGCCAUCACUACAGAUCCCGAGGACAACAUUGUGGUCUUCAAGGGAGGCCAUUACUGGACGGUGUCCAAAGCGGGAGUGAGCAGUGGUCCGCACCCGAUCCAGGCCAAGUGGCCAGGGAUGGCGUCCAGCCUUGACGCAGCCGCCUUCUCAGAGGAGGAUGGGAAAUACUAUUUCUUCAAAGGGGGGCGGUGCUGGCGCUACCGAGGGUCCUUCCUGGACGACGGCUUCCCUCAGAAGUGCAGUGGUGGUGGAAGCAGUGCUCUCCCUCGGCAUCCGGACACGGCCCUCUUCUUCCGUCCACUGCACCAGCUGGUCCUCUUCAAGGGCCCAAAGUACUUUGUGGUGGACGGGGAGGACCUCCAGGUGGAGCCCUAUUACCCCCGGAGCCUCCGGGACUGGGGGGGAGUACCAGCGCUGGCCAACGGGGCCCUCACCCGCCCGGGUGGCUCUGUCUACUUCUUCCGCAAUGACGACUUCUGGGAGUUUGACCCAGAGAAGCUACGGGUGGUGGGCAGUGGGAAGUGGGCUGCCCAGUUGGCCUGGCUCGGGUGCCAGGACGCGGCCCUCAACCGGGCAGGGGAAUGAUCACCCCUUCCAGAACCCACAUUGGCUUGCUUGGUGGACAAAAUGGCCAACUUCCUCCACCAAUCGAGAACUGCCCACCAUCUUGGUUGGUUUGUGGAGGAGGAAGGAGCCAGGUUUUGGGCCUAGCGGACUCGCUGGCAUGUAUGGUUUCCACUCCAACAUUAAUCCUCUUCUCUUCCAAGAUGGGUGCCUUUGGAAGAACAAAAUGACCAAACUCAUCCACUAACCAGGAACCAUCCACCAUCUUGGUUGGUUUGUGGAAAAGGAAGGAGCCAGCAGUUGUACCUAGAGGACUCGAGGCUGGCAUGUAUGGUUUCCUCUCCAAUGUUAACCCUCUUUCUUUCCAAGAUGGUUGCCUUCAGGAGGACAAAAUAGCCAACCUCCACUCACUAUGGACUGUCUGCCAUCUUGGAUUCUAGUUCUUCUCCAGAGAGAGAAGGAACUGGCAUUUGGACCCAUUUAUGAGAGGCCAAUGUUUGAAUCGGCUAUGGAGGAGGCUCAUAGGGAUGAAUGGUUUCUUCCACAACAUUCAUUUUCUUUCCUUCCAAAAUGAAUGCCUUUACGUGGACGGCCAUCUUGGAUUCUGGCUGUUUUGCGGAAGGAUAAGGAACAGACAUUUGGACCAAUUUAUGAUAGACCAAUGUUUGGAUUGGCUUAUGAGGAGGCCCAUAUGGAGCAAUGGUUUCUUCUCCAAUGUUAAUCCUCUUCCCUUCCAAAAUGGCUGCCAUCUGAAGGACAAAAUGGUGACCCUCCUCCUGUUGACCAUUUACAUGGAUCAACUCAAGGCUAGCUUUUAUGCUGGGCUCAUAUUUGGGUUGCAAUAUGGAGCAAUGGCUUCUUCUCAAAAUGGCUACCUUGGGGAGGACAAAAUGGUGGUCCUCCUCCACUAACUGACCACCAACCUGAACUUCAAGAAGGAACCAACCUUUGGACCCAGAAGACUCAAGACUUAGAUUUAGGACAACAUUUUGGGUUGGAAGAGACUGAUGGCCAAGGAGGAGACCCAUAGUGUGCAAUGUCUGCUCCCGCCAAUGUUAAUUCUCUUCCCUUCCAAAAUGGCUGCCUUCAGGAGGACAAAAUGGCUCCGGGGAAGGCUGACAGGGAAUGAUGGCUGCCUUGACAAAAUGGUGGACCUUCCUCCACCCUUUACUACUGACCACCCACCACCUUGGAUUUCCAUCUCAGGGUCCAAAUUGCAAGAAAAUGGGGGCAUCCUUCAUUCCUUGUGCAAAGAAGGAUGCCCAAAAUGGUCUCCUUGGUCCAAAAGUGGUGGCCAUUUUGUUUUUUUUGCAGGACAACAACACCUCACUGUUCUUCUUCUACCAAAUACCUCAAUAUUACGUUUUGGGUGGAUGGGAUAUGAAGUAUCACUACUGUAUUGUAUGCAUUGCCUGAAUAUUCUGUGAAGAACUGAAUGUAUUACUGAAUUACUCCACUUCCGUUCUCCAUGGAACCCUCUGAGAAGAAGGCCUUCUCGACCUCUUCCAUUCCUUCUGGCAUGAAGGGAAAAAGGAAAAUUAAAAGCCAAAGGCCAUUAAUGUUAAAUAGAA